CAGCUGCCUGGCUCCCUGCACACCGAUCAGUCUAGCUCAGUGCACCCUGACCGGACUGGAGCUUGGGGUUUGUCACUCAGAACCUAAGAGCAACGAGCAGAGCCCAGGACUCCUGGAGCCAGAGCCAGGGGCUGAGCGUCCCCGGGAGAGAAACUGGUGUGGCCUGGAUGAGGCGCAGAGAUGGGGAAAAAGCUGGACCUUUCCAAACUCACAGAUGAGGAAGCCGAGCAUGUGUGGGCCGUGGUUCAGCGGGACUUCGACCUCAGGAGGCGAGAAGAAGAAAGACUCAAGGGGCUGAAAGGCAAGAUACAAAAGGAGAGUUCCAAGAGGGAGCUGCUGUUGGACACAGCCCAUCUGAACGAGACCCACUGUGCCCGCUGCCUGCAGCCCUACCGGCUCCUCGUGAACAGCAGGCGGCAGUGUCUAGAGUGCAACCUUUUUGUCUGCAAAAGCUGCAGCCACACCCACCCAGAAGAGCAGGGCUGGCUCUGCGACCCCUGCCACUUGGCCAGAGUUGUGAAGACUGGCUCCCUGGAGUGGUACUACCAGCACGUGCGAGCUCGCUUCAAGCAUUUCGGGAGUGCCAAAGUGAUCCGGUCCCUCUGUGGGCGGCUGCAGGGCGGAGGUGGAUCUGAACCAAGCUUGGAAGAGGAGAGUGGAGACAGUGAGCAGACAGAUGAGGAUGGAGACCUGGACUCCGAAGCCCGGGCCCAGCCCAUCAACAGCAAAAAGAAAAAGCGCCUGCUCUCCUUCCAAGACGUGGACUUUGAGGAAGACUCAGAUCACUCUCUGCAGCCUUGCAGCCACAGCCAGGGCCUUUCCUCAGUCCCUGAGUCUACACACAGCCUGCAGUCCCUCUCAGGUGAGCCGUACUCUGAGGACACCACCUCUCUGGAGCCCGAGGGGCUAGAAGAGGCUGGUGCAGGGGCUGUGGAGUGUCACCCUGGUCCAGGAGAGCAAUCAUACAGCCCUUUACCCUCCGGAGAGGAUGCUCACACUGAACUGGACGAGCCCGGGGCAUCCUGCAAGAGAGCCCUGAGGACCACAGCUAUGCCUGGGAUAGAUGAUGUCAGGGGCAAACAGUUCCCCUCACAGUACCUGGCUGAUGUGGAUACCUCUGAUGAAGACAGUCUUCAGGGUUUCAGGGCGGCCUCCCAGCAUGCCAAGCGGAGGGCCCGGGCUAUGCCUGAAACUCAGAUCUUGGAGUUGAACAAACGAGUGUCGGCUGUGGAGCACAUGCUGGUCCACCUGGAAAACGCAGUCCUGCCGCCCUCCGCCCAGGAACCAGCUAUGGAAUCACACCCCAGCGCUGAUACAGAGGAGGAGAUGCUCAGGCAGAGGCUGCAAGAGCUCACCAGCAACAUCAGUGAUCCGGGGACCUCGUCAGAAGAUGAGGCCAAGCCGGACACUCUCCACACGGUGUCCCCAGAGGUAUGCACAGACACAGGGCACGCGGAGACACAGGAAAGAAGCCCUCAGGGCCCUGGGAGCCCUACUCGGGCUACAAAGAGCCCAGAUGAAGAGCUGUCCGAGAUGGAGGACAGAGUCGCCAUGACGGCCUCUGAGGUUCAGCAAGCUGAGAGUGAGGUCUCAGACAUCGAGUCCAGGAUUGCAGCUCUGAGGGCAGCAGGACUCACAGUGAAACCUUCAGCAAAGCCUCGGAGAAAGUCAGGCAUCCCAAUCUUUCUUCCCCGGCUUACUGAGAAACUUGACAGGAUCCCAAAAGAUCCACCUGCAGACCCUGAAGACCAAGCCAGCACAUCCGAGGCAACAGCGGUGCCCAAUCUCCUGAGGAGGAAGUAUUCUCCCAGCAGUCAAGGCAUAGAAGGUGGUUCUUUUGACCGGAAGUCAGUGUACCGUGGCUCACUGACACAGAGGAACCCUAACGGGAAGAGAGGGACAACCAGCCACGUCUUUGCGAAACCCGUGAUGGCCCAGCAGCCUUAGGGGGGCUCACGGGCACAGGAUGGUACCACAGAGUGCCCCCACGCUGUUUCCUUCACACGGCCAUUGCACCCCACGGGCUCUGUGCUUCUCCAUGCUCACAGCUGCUUGUCAUCUUCACCCCAGUGAGAAGUAAGAAGAACUUCCUGUGUGUGCCCACCUGUGAGCAGGCAGGUGUCACCAGAGCCAGGCCACCUGCCAGCCUGACCCGGGAGAUACAGACGAUGUGACUCAGUUCCCUGACUGCCAGAGGAUACUCAGACACCCUCUCCCUACGAUCCUUCAACCCUGUGUCUAGGCUCUGCUGAGCUGUCUUCACAGAUGGAAUGGAAAGAGAUGGUUCCGUGGAGGCCCUGAGCAUGUAUGCAUUCCUGACUGCUCAGGAAAGAGGCAGAUGCAAGCGUGUCUGUGGGUAUGAUGGCGAAUGAGGAGGAGGAGAAUCCUCACCCCUCCCCGCCACAGACCUUGUUCUUCAUUUGUCCUUGUUGGGUCACAGACAGGAGCAAAUAACACUGAUCACCCCACACCCCAGCAUUUCCAGUGCCAUAACCACGUGGCACCCUCAGUGCCACACUGAAACCAAACCUCUAUCACAGACUUCUGAGGUACAUUACAUAGAGACCUCACUUUUUAGACAGUUCGUGCUUCAAGUGCAGGUUUCUAGCCCACACAGAUGACCGAUUUGGGUUUUAUCAAGAAUUCAGAUCUUCCAAAGCCAAGUGUGUCAGAGCCAGACUUACUGAUGACUGCAGAGUCGGCCCUUCACAGCCACCCCACCACUACAGGGAGGGAGGGAGAGGGCUCCUCCACUUCAGGCUGCCUCUUUCCCAUCAGCUUCUAUCAUGUUCCAAGAGUCCAGAGAACACGCAGGCCAGAGUCACAAACAUACGAGUGUCUUCUGAGAAUUAACUCCAGGAAGAAACCUCUCACUCCUCCACAGAGAAGCUCCACAGUUGUUUCCUGUGUCCUAGCAAAGUGCCGCAAAACAAGCUAAUCGUGACCACAGGAAAUGUGUCCUCCUAAGUGUCAGAGGACAAAGGUCCAGUCAAGGAGUCAGUAGGACCUGCAGUUCUGAGGGGUGGGUGCCUCUGCCUGCUCCUGGGGACAGUCACAAAGAUAGACACAGCAGGGUGUUCCAUAUGAUUGCUGUAUGAACAGAGACAUGUGUGCUGAGAGUUGCAGUCAUCCCAGUUCACCUUGGCUUCAGGUCGUGAACUUACUGUCCCCGUCCUCGCCUUCAUGUCUCCUGGCCUUGUAUGUCUCCGAAUGGCUGUCCUCUUCUCAGGACAGCCUUCGUUGAAUGCCAGUCCACCCUUACCCAGUAUGACUGCCUCAGUCAAUAUGCUUGCAAAGACCCUAUUUCCACAGAUGAUUGUUUCCUGAGGUUCUAGAUGGGUGUGAACUGGGGAGAUACUGUCUGACCCACUACACAUCGUGAGAGUUCAAAGACCUCAAAACUUUGCAGUGUACCCCAAAUAGAAGGGUCCUCAUCGCUCUGAUGAAAGCCUGAGGAAGGCCAGUGGGUGGGCACUGUCCAGGGAGUCCUAUUCAAGCGGGGCUCCCUUCACUGCAAGGAACAGAAAUCCACUCACCUAGGACUGUGGGAAAGGCACAGAGCUUUCUCCUGCAGCCCAGGGACACAAAUGAUCCCAGGGAAGGGAUACAGGUGAUAGGGACACAGGCUCUGCCUCCCCAUGUAACCCUGCUCAUGGGGACUCCCUGAUCUCCUGUCAACCCUCGGUGCAACCCACUUCUCAGCUCUAAGGUACCCGGGUGAGGCCUGCAGCUCUGUGGGGUGCUACAACAGCAGUACAGGCCACACCUCACCUGCACUCUGCCACCUGCCUCUGGAACAUCUCCAGCCCAGCCAAAGCAUCCCUCAAGUCCGCACACCCUUUUCCUGGUGUCAUCACGUAUUGGUGAGGAGGCUAGGCUGAGGACCAAAAUCCUUGUGCUGCCUCCCACGCUGCCUGCUGGCUCCCAGAGGGACAAUAUAUCCAUACUACACUUUGAUGAAGCUACUUUACUAGAAGUAAAAUUCUACACAGAAAGUGGGGGGGGGGACCCACAAUAAUAUUCAGGGUACUCACUCCAGCUCCCAAAGUCUCACAGCAGUCCCCUUGGGCCCUAGGACUGAGCCACAUCUGUUUCCCAUAGGACCCACCUCCAAGACAGAAGCAUGCUCCACCAUGGCAGUUGUCACCGGGGUGGGAGGCCAGAUUUUCACCAUUGCUAAUGCCUGAGCUAGCCACAGACAGAACCAAGGCGCCAAGCAAAUGUUCACAGCUCCCAUGAGCCUAAUCUUUAGGCUAUGCCUACCUCCUUAUAGAGUAUUCUAUCAUAUCCACCUCUUACCAGAUCUCCCAAGGAGCCCUCUGACCAGAGAGCCCUUCUCCAAGGAUGAGGCGGACAGCCAUGCUUGAGAAAAUAGGGGUUGCAUUGACCAAGUACCCAAAGAGUAAAGCGGCAGCCUGAAGCUCUUCCUGCAAGUCUGGCACCAGGUGGCUAGGAAAUGGCAAUCCCAGGGAGUACACACGCUCUGCCUCUUCUCUGCCAUAGUUCCUUCAAGAACGUUCUAUUGCACGUAAAUAGUAGUUCAUAUCAUCUGUAACAAUUGACAUGGUCCACGUUAAAUGGCAGAUUACUGCAAAUACUGCAUAGUUAUUUUCAACAGCGUAGACCUACAGAUAUUUUAACAAUUCCAGGAGAUAAUGAAAAAAGAACGAGGUUCAACACCCGCAAGCAGGCUGAGUCUACCCAGAAGGCUUAGGAGACUCACCAAGAGUAAAAACCCACAGUGAAAACACUGACCUUUUCACAAUAUCUGGGCUCUCUUCUCUAUUUUUUGUGUGCACCAAUUUCUUUCUCAUUGCAUAUAAAUUGAUUUUACAGACAAAU